AUGUUGAAGUCAUUGGGAGAGUUCUGCCCCUAUGGACGACGACACACAGCACUCCAUCCUCAUUUGAUAAACGAUGCCAGCGAGAUACAAGAGGUCGACUUCAAUCUUUUCAGCAAAGGGGCCAGUUCUGCAAAUCGCCAAAAGACAUCCAGUUACAACCUUUAUGCUGUGGACGGACGACCUUUCAAAUACAUUAACGAGUUGUCAGGCGACAUUGUGGAGCAAACUUCGCAUCGGGAUCGUCGUAAACUUCCUAAUGGUGCUAUGGAUCUUGAAGAAGAGCUAUACGUGGAUGGGUCAACGGUGAUAUGGAGUCGUGGCGGGCAUAUUGUCAAGUCCUUCAAGUUCGAACUUGAAAGGCAACCAGUGGAAUUGGCUUUGUUUGCAUGGUUUCGAUUCAAAAUAUCGUAUGAUGGUGAAGGCGACGAAGCAAUGGGACGAUGGCAUGAAGAUGUGUAUUACGAUGAUGGACGUAUCCAAGGCAAUGAACACAGCACCAACAUGAUGGAUAUUGGCAGCAAAAAGAGGAAGCAUCCGGAUGUGAUUUAUGAAAACAGCAGCAGCGGCAGCAGCAAUAUCAACAACAGCAACAAACGACGUGGUACAGCGAGAUCGAAUACAGAAUUACGCAAAGCGUUAUGCAUCAUUCUACGAGAUUCAGUCAAGAUCUAUUUUGAAGAUGGUUUAAUGUAUUCGGUUCAUCUCAAUUUCCCAGUACAAAGAGCAUACGCCUUGCAUGUUGGUUUAAUACUCGAGAGGAAACGUGCUGAUAUGAUCGAUGAUGCGAAUGCAGCAUUUCUUCAACCCUUUGUGUGUAUCACGGAUCCUAUGGGCGAAUGUGAAUUGGUUACAAUGACGGAUGAUGGGAAUCGCUCCUUUUCACUUGAUUUUCGUAAAGACAUGAUGGGUGUGCCUGUGGAUCAUGAGCUCGUAUUUGCAACUUCAGUGGAUUAUUCACGUGGAGAUCCAGAAAAGCAACAGUUGAUUGUCACCUACAAUGCAAAGAAACAUGCCCAUUUCGUUUGGAUGCUCACCGACGAGGAAGAGAGACUUAAGCAGCCAAAGAUUAAGCGAAAGCCGCCACCACAAUCUGCAGCGUCAUUUCCAUCACUCAAAAAUCGUAAAAAGUCAAAGAGCAAAAGAGUCAAGCAUAACAACAUGCCGUCACCCAUCGCAACCACUCCUCCACCAUUAACUCGCAAGGAUUCUUUGGCACAAUUUCAUGAGGAUUUCAGUUCGGAUACGGAUCAAUUGUAUGGAUCAGAGGCAGGCGAUAGCUUUCAUGAAUCGGAUGAUGCUGGUCAUUUUCUCCAUUUGUUAUAUGAAACUAAUCCAACCAAGGGUGAUCGGCGGAAACAUGCACGUGAUACAGUCUUUUUGGCUCAUGACAAUGAUGGGAUGGAUCUUUUAUGCAUCAUGAGGAAUCGGGAGCAGACCGUCUUGAUAUUGAGCAUCAACAAACUAUUGGCACGUGACAUGGAUGUAUUAUUGAAAAAGAUCUCUGCACGCAGCGCUGUGUCAAUCACAUCGAAGAACGGCACCAGACACAUUCUUCUUUUGCGUACCGGGAAUCGUAUUCAAUUCGUUGUGGAGCCGCGAAAGGAGAUACUCGUCGAUGUCAUUUUACCUUCCACAUUAUCCGAGAAAAUCAAAGAGCUCAGCGAUGCAGUUGCAACAAGCUUCAAUGUUCACAUGGCUGAUGGGCGUAUCGAACGCUAUCGUGCUGAUGUUUUUCCAUAUUCUGGCAUAGUCCAGGAUGGUGUAGCAGCUUUAUCAUGCGUCCUUUCCACUUUUACACACGCCUUGUUUCGAAAGCGUCUCAUCGAGCAUCUUUACAGCACACUCUCCUCCAACAACCCAAUACAUCGAAUGACAUGCGAAUGGGUUUCAUUUAUUAUCGCCCUUUUAUCCUUUGUAUCUAUCGAGAAUUGCAACAUUAUCACAACAGCAGCUACACUCUUGGACAAAGUUUCAGAACCAUCAUUUCCUACGUGGCUAUCGCUGGUCGAUUCAUCUACAAAGUUACGACAAACCUAUGCGGGUGAACACAUCGCCAUGGACUUGGAAGCUGUUCUUCGGAGCCUACACAUGCUCCAUGAAGAUUAUCGACUAUCUCAAAUCAAGUCUCGGUCGCUUUUGCCAAAGUUGAAUCACUUGAUGAUCCUCCUAUCAGUGUUGUCUGGAAAUCGGGAAUGGGUAGCACACUAUACAAAGGACAUUGCUGUCUCUUUUUCUCAAGUCUUGAGCGAUCUUAGCCAUGUCAAAGGCAAGAAGAUCAUGUCACCACCUACCGAUAUUAUUGGCACUAUACGAUAUUAUUCACCCAUUCCACCUCAUCGCCUCAGCUUGGAAGAUGUCUUUGGUAUUCCUCGGAUUGACCCAGUGCUUGGUUUACGGUGGAACGCUUUUGGACAUACGAUCGACAUGACUUGGUUACUGUAUCGGAUGCUGCGAGCUGAGGAAUAUGAAAGAAUGGUCGAUCGAAUGGUGGAAGAAGAGAUAAAACGCUAUGAAAUCGAAGACCUUCAUCCUAUCAUUGGUGAGCCACUGAUAGCAGCUUUGGACCUUUUGCGAGAAAAUCCUCCAAUGACAUGGACUUCAGAACACUACAAUUUGAUUGGUAGGCAGGACAUGGUGAAUCAAUUAUUGGAAAGUAAAUCAGUGAUUGAUCCCAAUGGCGAUCAUUUUCGAUUGGAUACCAUUCAGCCUGUCAAAACGAAUAUGCAUGAUCUAUGCAAGAGCAUCACAAUGGACCCACCAUCACGAUCCACCACCUCCACCUCCACCCAUGCAUAUGAUACAUUGGAUGUCCAUACCGAAAAGUUGCGUUUUGGCUAUGAAGGGGUUUUGGAAACGGUGCGGAGCUCAUUGGAUAUAACACGAACACCAGAGUUGACUGUGCCUGAUCGUCCUGAUUUAAGUGACGCUGAUAUAUCUGCUGAGCACCAAACACAUAUGAUGAAUCUCUUGCAACGUACUGCAGCUCUUUCAGUGGGAAGAGGAAUUUAUGGAUUUGGCACCUACAUACCCGAUUUGACAAAGGACUUUCCUAUCAAAUCCAUCAAUCUCUCAGCGAAGCUGCUUCCUUUACGCACCAUAGUCACUGCUGAUGAUCGACAUUGGGCACCCGAGUAUUUUGAUUGGCCUCGUUUUCAUAAUGGAGUAGCAGCUGGUCUACAGAUAUCACCCAGUUGUCGAGUAGGUGGAUCAUGGAUUGACUUUUGCAACCGAGAAGAAGAAUUACGACCAGAGCAUGGCGGAUUUCUACUUGCGUUGGGUUUGAACGGCAAUUUGAGGGAUCUUCCUUUGAUCAGUUGGUAUCGUUACAUGACACAACCAUGCGAAUUAGCCACCACUGGAUUUGUGCUUGGUCUUGCAGCAGCCUAUCGAGGAACAAAAAACAGCAAAGUGACCAAACUUCUUGCCGUUCAUGUGCCAGCACUUUUACCUUCGGGUUCCACUACACUCAACCAUUCUAUCGCCAUCCAAUCUACGUCCCUUGUCAGCCUUGGUUUGGUUUUUAUGGGUUCGUGCGAUAGAUUGAUGAGUUCGGUAAUGGUGGCCGAAAUUGAGAGAUACGCCGACGCCAAUCCAUCUACCUUGGAAGUCAAUUUUGAAGGUUGUGCACUAGCAGCAGGAUUUGCCCUUGGAUUUGUGACACUUGGACGUGGUGAUGAAUCAGCUGGCUUAUUUGAUCUUCAUCUCAAAGAUAAGCUAUCCCGUUUAAUGCUGGGGCAGACAUCAUUAUCUACAACAGCCACGGGGACAAGGGAACGACCUACAACAGCACAAGGAAAGCAUACAACAACGACAUCAUCAUCCCAUCAUCAUGACAACGGAUACAAAUCAUCACGCGACAAGCUUUCUGAGCCAGCUGCCAAACCUAUCAACCUUGAUGUCACUUCACCAGGAGCCACCAUUGCACUUGGUUUAAUGUAUAUGAGGACGAAUAACGUUCGCGUGGCAGAAUCCAUUGAUGUAUUGAUGACUCGGCCUUAUCUCAAUUACAUUCGACCCGAUCUUUUAAUGCUACGUAUUGUGGCUCGAAAUAUGAUCAUGUGGAAUAGCAUUCAGCCUACGGAUGAGUGGAUCGACAACCAUAUUCCUGAAUUCAUCAACCAUGAUGUUAACCAAGAGCAUUCAACGCGUUCCUCCCAAUUGAUUGAAGCAUCAAAACAAGCCAUGUACAAUAUCAUCAGUGGUGCAUGUUUAAGUCUUGCCCUUCGAUUCGCAGGAUCGGAUAACAAACAAGUGUUCCAAUGCUUAUUACGUCGACUUGAUAAUCUUAUGAGGAUAUCGAAUAUGACCGCUGUAGGUUUCCAAGAAAACAUUACACGAAGCGUGGUGCGAUCAUGUGUCGGGGUGGUGGCAACGGCCGCAGCAAUGGUAGUUGCAGGAACCGGCAAUUUGGAUUUACUUUCACGCCUCAAGACCUUGCAUGGUCGUGUAGGUCCACACACACGAUAUGGUGAUCAUAUGGCAGCGCAUAUGGCAAUGGGCCUUCUAUUUGCAGGAUUGGGUGGUUAUACAUUGAGCUCGUCCAUGGAAGCCACUGCAGGGCUGCUUUGUGCUUUUUAUCCAUUUUAUCCUAUUUCGCCCGAUGAUAAUCGAUAUUACUUGCAAGCGUUUCGUCAUCUUUGGGUCAUGUCGAUGGAUGUGCGGUGGUUGAUGCCAUUGGAUGUGGACACUGGCAAACCAUGUCGAGUACCUCUUUUGGUCAAUGUACAACAGGAUGAACCAUGGCUCCCAGAACAAGUAACACGAGAAAUGCGGAUAUUUGCACCAAACGUUCUUCCAAGCUAUACCCUUGUCAAAUCUAUCAGACUCGACAGCUCCCGUUAUUAUCCAUUGUGUCUCAAGUUGGAUGGAGGUUCUUAUCAAAAAGCGGUGACAAAUUCGGGCAUGUUGUAUAUCCAAAGGCGGCCUGGAUGCAAAACCCAUGAUGAGUGUCCCGAAGAUAAUAUCCCAUUGGAUGGUGUUAUGUCAUUGAAGAUUGAUUAA